AUGGCAACUUUUCUCAUUUCUUUGCUUGCUGCAUUCAUUGUUGUCAUAAUUAUUAUUCUAUUUGGUCUUGUUCUGGCACAAAUACUUAUCAAACGAGCUGAUCAGACUCAAGCACAUACAAACAUUAUAUUUGAUCAACCACAAAGUAUAAUUAUUGAUAUUGAUGAGUUACCUGAAGCUCAACAGGAAUCAGGUAUAACAGUUAUAUCGAAUGAUGUAAUUGAAGGUAUAUCCCAUCGUCAUCAUCAUUUAACGAAAAAAACUCUAUCAGUCAUUAAUCAAGAUGCUCUAAUCAAUCAUAUGAACGACAAAAAAACAACAAUAGAACGAAUACAUGUUGACGAUGGUCUAGCAAUAUCAACGAAAAAUGACAGUGGUGCUAUAUCAUCAGAAACCAGUAUCGUAAAUCCACUUACAGACAAGAUUACACUGAAAUAUUAA